CCAUACAUUUGUUCUGUGUACAAAACGCACAAAAUCUUACCUACAAUGGCAGCGCCAAGACGCCAAGUCGCCAACUCAUACUUUGACAGUCGGCACUCAACAACUCUGUGCAACGAAAACUCGUCUCAAUCUGGACUUUUCAAAGCCAUGGCACCAAACACUAUUUGUUAAUUCUUUCCAAUCCCAUAUCAUCAAGCGUCUGCAACACUGUACUUUCACCUAACAUUUCUUGACGCAAUUCAGGUGCUUGUAUAAAGUCCUCAACGAAACCCUGCAUUGAGGUUCACCAACCCACCACUCAUUCACAGUGUAUACACAUUCUUUCUUUUCUUUCCUGUCUCUUUUGGAUUGAAAGAUUGAAUUUUGGACUGGAACUGUUCUUUCUUGAUGGUUUGAUGGCUUUGAAUUUGAAGAGUGGAUUGAGUUUUGGGUGCCUUGGUGUGAAAGAGUUGGGUUUCCGGCCUCCAAGAGGUUCAUCAUCAGCCUGCCUUGCGGUGGUAAGGUCUGUUGACGAUGAGAGUACAUCAAAUUCUGCUGCUGAGCUGCCAAAGAUUGCUCAUCAGACGGAUUCUAAGCUUGCCAAGAACUUGAACAGGGACUUUAACUCUUUGCCAAGGCCAUUAUCUGUGGCUGAUUUUUCUCAUUCUCAGAAUAAUGGUUCAAAGAUACGAAUAUCAUAUAAGGGGAUCCCAGGUACAUACAGCGAAGAUGCUGCCCUAAAAGCCUACCCUGAAUGUGAGACAGUCCCUUGUGAUGAGUUUGAAGAUGCAUUCAAGGCCGUUGAGUUGUGGCUGGCUGACAAAGCAAUUCUUCCUAUUGAGAAUUCUUUAAGUGGUAGCAUCCAUAGGAACUAUGAUUUACUUCUUCGUCAUAGGCUGAAUAUUGUGGGCGAGGUUCAAUUGGCUGUUAACUUCUGCCUUCUAGCAAAUCCAGGUGUCAAUAUGGAGGACUUAAAACGGGUCAUAAGCCAUCCACAGGCACUUGGUCAAUGUGAUAUAUAUCUAAGUAAAUUAGGUGUUGUUCAGGAAAAUAUUGAUGAUCCAGCUGUUGCUGCACAGUUUGUGGCAUCAAAGCGAGCAAUGGAUGCAGGGGUUGUUGCAAGUCCUCGAGCAGCACAAAUUUAUGGACUUAAUGUACUAGCUGAAAGGAUUCAGGAUGACUCUGACAACGUUACUCGUUUUUUGGUACUAGCCCGAGACCCCAUAAUUCCAAGGACAGAUAAACCUUUCAAGACGAGUAUUGUAUUUUGUUUGGAAGAAGGACCAGGAGUUCUAUUUAAAGCAUUGGCCGUAUUUGCAUUAAGGGGCAUCAAUUUGACGAAGAUUGAAAGUCGGCCACAGAGAAAGCAGCCACUGAGGGUUGUUGAUGACUCUAAUACGGGGACUGCCAAGUAUUUUGACUACCUAUUCUAUAUUGAUUUUGAGGCAUCUAUGGCAGAACCACGUGCUCAAAAUGCUUUGGGGCAUCUGCAGGAAUUUGCAACUUUCCUGCGAGUUCUUGGUUGUUAUGCAAUGGGAAGAAUUUUGUAGAUGCAAUUGGUUGUUGCAGACAUGUAGUCUUUACUCUACAACGUGUUAUUUGUCCUAAUCGCGCUGAAGGCUUAAUUUUAUUUCAUUCACUGCUUGUUUGGAGUGGCUUAUCAACUGCUGGCCAUAUUGUGUGCAUCUCCAAUUAAUGGCUCUGAUCUACUGUCCAGUGAUCCGGCACCCGGCAAAAUCCUGUUCCAUGCCAGAAGUUGGAACAGGCUUGUGGGUUCUCCAUGGGAUUCAAAUUUUGAUCCUGUAGAUAGGUUUCAGACUAGGGAGAUUUUGUGGAACAGCAAUGAUAUAGUUGAAGUAUCCUGGUGGGAACCUCUGAUCUGAUGAAUCAGGAUAUGGAUAUUGAAGUCAUUUAGGAUUCCUUAUAGUUAAACCCUUGGUAUUUACAUAGAAAUCUCAUCUUUUUGUAGCUUUAGAUUUUAAUGGUGUUAUGUACUUGUGUGUACAAGUGCUUUCUUCAUUCUGUAAAGCCACACCUAAAGUCUGAAACUCUAAUGUACCUGUUGCAGAACUUAAUGACAUGUUUUAUUGUUUG